AUGAAGAAAUCUCUCGGUCGCCGGAAAAUUGAGAUAAAGAAGCUUGAGAAGAAGAGUAGCCAGCAAGCGGCGGAGCUUUCCGUUCUGUGCGGUGCUGAGAUCGCGAUCCUCGUCGCCUCUUCCAGCAACAAGCUCUAUACAUUCGGUCAUCCUAAUGUUGAGUCGCUCUUGGAUCGUUUUCUCACCGGAAAUUCUGCUCCGCCUAAGCCGGCAGAGGCCUACCUCCCUUUGGAGGAGUUGAACCGCGAUUUUGACGAUGUGGCCGCAGAGUACGACUUCGAGAAGAGGCGGACGGCAGAGCGGUUGAGUAACGAUCGAUUUUGGUGGGAUGAGCCGCUGGAAUCUAUGAAAAUCGACGAACUGAAGCGAUUCUGGUCAUCGUUGGUGGAACUGAGAGGAAAAGUGGCGGAGAGAGUGGAGAAAUUUACGGCAACAAGAAAAGAAGGAUCUCCGAUACCUGCGCUGCAGCCGUCGACACCUCUGUCGAUUGACCUCGUCGAAAACCUCCAACGGCCGCCGACGCCUCCAUCAAUUGGCCUCUUCAAAAGUCUCCAAUGGCCGUCUACGCCUCCAUCGAUCGACCUCGUCGAAAACCUCGAACGGCUGCCGACGUCUCCAUCAAUUGACCUCUUCGAAAACCUCCAAUGGCCAUCGACGCCUCCAUCGAUCGACCUCGUCGAAAAUCUCCAACGGCCGCAGACGCCUCCAUCGAUUGACCUCGUCGAAAGCCUCCAAUGGUCGCCGAUGCCGUUGAUUCACCUUGCUGAAAACGACCAAUGUCUGCCGUCGUCGUUUCAGAUCUCUGGAAACCACUCUGUCGCACGCCGACUGAAUAUGCUAGACUAGGGUUUUAGUAAUU